CUUUAAUCGAGUCCACCCCCGCAUCGAUCAAUCAGUGAGCAGCGACAGGAGUAGCACGACGGCGAGCUCGCACACGCAUCCCGACGCCGCCGCGAGGCCGCGGCCGCCGCCGGCGACGAUGGAUCUCCCGCCGCUCUCCCACCAGGCGCUCUUCGCCGCCGUCCGAUCCGCGGACGCCGCCGCCGUCGCCGGCCUCCUGGCCGACGCCGGGGCGUCCGGGCCCACCACCCAGGCGCUCGCCGCCGCGCAGACGGACGCCGGGGAGACGGCGCUGUACGUCGCGGCGGAGGCCGGCUCCGAGGAGAUCGUCCGCCUCCUCAUCCCGCUCUACGACCUCGAGGCCGCCACCGUCCGCUCCCGCCUCGACCUCGACGCCUUCCACGUCGCCGCCAAGCAAGGCCACACCGGGGCUGUGAAGGAGUUCUUGGGGCGGUGGCCGGAGCUAUGUUCAAUCUGUGACUCUUCCAAUACUAGCCCUCUUUACUCUGCAGCAGUAAAAGAUCACUUGGAUGUAGUUAACGCCAUACUGGACACUGAUGACAGCUGCAUAAGGAUUGUGCGGAAAAAUGGGAAGACAUCACUACACACUGCUGCAAGAAUCGGUUACCAUCGUAUUGUCAAAGCACUUAUAGAAAGGGAUCCGGGGAUUGUUCCAAUCAGAGAUAGGAAGGGACAGACUGCACUUCACAUGGCUGUAAAAGGUAAAAAUACAGAUGUAGUUGAAGAGUUACUGAUGGCUGAUGUUUCCAUACUCAAUGUGCGUGACAAGAAGGCAAAUACAGCUUUGCACAUAGCUACACGAAAAUGGAGGCCCCAGAUGGUACAACUUCUGCUUAGCUACGAGGCGCUUGAAGUCAAUGCUAUCAAUAAUCAGAAUGAAACAGCUAUGGAUUUGGCUGAGAAAGUUCCUUAUGGUGAGUCUAAAAUGGAAAUAAUUGAGUGGCUGACAGAAGCUGGCGCAAAGAAUGCACGGAAUGUGGGGAAAAUUGAUGAGGCAUCAGAGCUUAGGAGAACCGUGAGUGAUAUCAAGCACAAUGUUCAAGCACAGCUCAAUGAGAAUGCCAAGACAAAUAAAAGAGUGACAGGAAUAGCCAAAGAGCUCCGGAAACUACACAGAGAAGCUGUUCAGAACACCAUCAAUUCAGUUACUAUGGUAGCAACCCUGAUUGCCUCCAUCGCAUUCGUAGCCAUAUUCAAUUUGCCAGGCCAGUACUAUGUUGAUAGGGAUAGUGGGGGAGACAUUGGUGAAGCCCACAUAGCCAACCUUACUGGUUUCCGAGUUUUUUGUCUGCUGAAUGCUACCGCCCUUUUCAUUUCCCUUGCAGUGGUCGUAGUUCAGAUCACCUUGGUUGCCUGGGAAACCGGUGCUCAAAAGCGGGUUAUCAAGAUUGUAAAUAAGCUGAUGUGGUCAGCAUGCCUUAGUACAUGUGCGGCUUUUAUCUCAUUGGCCUAUGUGGUAGUUGGCCCCCAGAAUGCCUGGAUGGCUUUCACCAUAUCAGCCAUCGGAGGGCCAAUCAUGAUUGGUACUCUCUUGUUCCUGGCCUAUCUGUUGUUGCGCCCUCGCUUCAAGUUUGGUGAAGAUAGACAGCGGCGCAUCAAAAGGGCAAGUGGCAGCAAGUCCUUCUCCUGGUCUAUCCAUGAGGGGAUAUCAGACCUGGAAGCAUUCUCUGAUCAUGAGAAGAGAAUUUAUGCCCUGUAGAUUGUAAAAGGUCUUGCUUUAGCUGCAUGUAACACUUAAGAACAUGUAAUUGGAUGAAAACAAUCAUCCCUGUAUAUAGUUGCUCAGCUGUUUUAGGUCUGUGGUGAGGUGGCCCAAGCAGACCUUUUUCUGCACCAUCUUGAUGGUUUGUGUACUUGGAUACUUGGUACCUGCUAAUGUGUACUAGUAUUAGCACUUAACAAUGAAGAGCACCUAUGCAGUUUGAAGCUAUGGUUACAAUUCCA